UUCCCUUUAUGGCGCUUGACUGUUGCUAGAAUUGGACUCUUGCUUCUGUUGUGUACUGUAAAGCAGGACAAAGAAGAGAAAGACAGAAAAUAUCUUCCCCCACUUUGUGUGAUUCAUAUUUGGCUGGUGGGCGCAUCGAAGCCCACUCGCAUUGCAACGUUCUACAGGGGCUCGAGUGCUCUGCUUUCGUUUCCUCCAUCCAUGGCUUGGGUGUGGAGACGCGUCGGUUCUCUCUUACCCUUUCACUACUUCCAUGCCAUCUUUCAGAGAAGAAUGGAUCAGGUGGAGCUUGGUAGGCAUACCAUAAAGUCGCAUGGAGCGGCACUCGCAAAGAAUCACGUGCACGACUGGCUUAUAUUGCUGUUGCUCGUAGUGCUAGAGGUCAUCCUUUUCAUCAUCCAUCCGUUUUACCGGUUUGUGGGGAAAGAUAUGAUGACGGAUCUUAAAUAUCCAAUGAAAAGAAACACCGUGCCUGUCUGGGCCGUUCCUGUGUAUGCUGUUCUGUUACCAGUUUCCGUCUUCCUUCUUGUCUACUUGCGCAGGAGGGAUGUUUAUGAUCUGCACCAUGGAAUCUUAGGGCUUUCGUAUUCUGUGCUAAUUACUGGGGUGAUUACGGAUGCAAUCAAGAAUGCGACCGGUCGGCCUCGACCGGACUUCUUUUGGCGAUGCUUUCCAAAUGGAAUGGAAGUGUAUGACAAGUUGGGAAAUGUUGCGUGUCAUGGCGAGGAAUUGAUUAUAAGGGAAGGGUACAAGAGUUUCCCAAGUGGCCAUGCCUCCUGGUCCUUCGCCGGCUUAGGUUUUCUGUCGCUGUACUUAUGUGGAAAGAUUAGAGUAUUCGACCGGAAAGGGCACAUAGCCAAGUUGUGCAUCAUUUUCCUUCCUCUACUACUUGCAUCUCUUGUCGCGGUCUCACGAGUGGACGACUAUUGGCACCACUGGCAAGAUGUUUUUGCGGCAGGUUUUAUAGGGCUCAUUGUAGCGGCGUUCUGUUAUCAUCAGUUUUUCCCUCCACCUUAUGACGAGGAAGGAUGGGGCCCUUAUGCGUACUUCCGAGCAUUGGAAGAGACGCGUACAGACUCGAACUUGGCCCAUCCCCCGAACGGGACCUCGGCACGGCCAGUGGAGGCUCAGGCCACGAAUCGCCAGGCAAGACUGUAUAGGAACACGGUGUUGUCGCCUGAGGCUCGGGAGGAAUGCUCACCAUUCGAUGAUGUUGAAUCCGGGAGGAGAUGAUUCUGCGGGUGGGUUCGUGCAUUUGAGCGUGUGGUUUAUUUGCAUUUGUAUAUAAUCUCAAUUGGAAAGAUCGUUGUGGGGUCAGGUUUAGCUAAACCACGGAUGGUGGCUUAUGCUAAUUGUACAUUAAGGAGAUGAGUCUGUGGGAGAUAGGAUAGAUCUCUGGAUGUUACCUGGCAAAGUUGUGGCUUUAAAACAUGUGUGUCGCCAAAUGCUCGCGCUAAAGAAUAUCGACAGUUCAGCUA